GGGCAGUCCUACUUCCGGGGGCGGGGCCUGAGGCGGCUUCCAGUCGGCGCCAUGGCCCGCAAGAAGCUGUACCGCCCGAUCGCCGCCAUGGCCAAAAAGGUGCGCGAGUAUCGAGCGCUGAAGGAGCGGCCGCGGGAUUCACAGCGCUUCGCUCUGGACUACGAGACCAUGAGACGGCCGCUGACGCAGAAGCGGCUGCCGGUGCUGGCCUGGGAGGACGUGCGGCGUGAGCAGCGGCUGUUCUCGCUGCUGUGCCGCCUGCCGCUGUUCGGUGUGGGCCGCGUGGUCACCCGCAAGUCCUGGCUGUGGGCGCACGAUGAGCCCUGCUACUGGGUCAUCACCAAGGUCCGCGCAGACUACACGGCCGAGGGCAUGGACCACGGCAGGGCCUGGGGCCGGCUGACGUUCCGAGGUAAAACUGAAGAAGAAGACAGAGAGAUUGACAAAGUCAUGUAUCAUGACUGGCGAAUGGUGCCCAAGCACGAGGAGGAGGCCUUCAAGAAAUUUACCCCCGUGCCAGAGGAGAGCUGUCGGUACCUCCCAUACCCGCCUUUGCUCCGAGCCAUGAUCCUCGCUCAGUGGCAGAAAGAGGGGAAAGAGAUCACAGAGGAGCCAAUGAUUGACCUGCAGAGGACCUUUCACCUUAAGGCUGCAAAGAAAAAUGCUACAGGGACAUCCUUGUAACGUCCUGCUCUGUGUCCUGAGCUUCCCACACGCUCUUGCUACGUAUUGGCAGAACAUCACCUUACUGAAGCCCCCCCUUGCCUACUGUGGUACAGAGUGUCCAGUUGAUAUCCAGUUGACCUUGUUUUCUCCCCUGGACUGUAUGGUAAUCUCAUCUGAAAUUAGAGAUGAAGAUGCAUUUGGAUUUUAUUUUUUUCCCCCUCAUAACUUUGGUCUCAGAUUCACUGUAUAUUCUCUGAACUUAGAGCUUCUGUCAUCCAGCUACAGUGCUUGGGAGCACAGUUUCAUUUACAGCCUGAGAAUCUAGGAGUUUUUAAAGAACAUUUCUGAAGCAGUUUAAGUAAGUUCUACAUCAUGGAAAAAUUACUAAGUUAAGUAUGACAUUAUUUCACAGAGCCAAAAUAAAUGAUUUCUUAUUUCCACAGCA